AUGGUUGUCUUCACAAAAGAGCAGCUGAUGUGCAUUUGUGAAGUCUUGUUGAAAGAGUGCAAGUAUGAUAAGCUUCGUGAGUUGCUCGUUUCAAACGAGUUUAGAACUUAUGAGAAUGAUAUCUUCGUCCUAGUCAGAAUCAAAGUUCACUUGCAUUACUCCGAAUAUGAUUCAGUAUAUCAUUUGAUAAUGAAUCGCUUAUUCAAUAAGUGUUAUCACAAAGAACUUCAAAUGUUAUGGGACGAGGCACAUUACAGGCAGUAUCAGACUAAAAAAGGCUUGUUGAUGACCACGGACAAGUUUCGAAUCCGAAAGAAGCACCCCUACCCAGCAACCAUUUGGGACGGUGAAGGCGAAUCGUAUGGAGUGAAGGUGAGAGUGAGAAUGCAGCUGAACAAAAGUUUCCAAAUGAACCAUUAUCCAACAGAAUCGGAAAAAGUGAGACUUUGCAAAGAAACGUCACUGACCAGGGUUCAAAUUAACAACUGGUUCAAAAACAAAAGACAGCGUUUCAAAACAAAAAACUUUGGAAAGAAUGAUAGCGAUGAAGAUGAUGAUCUUGAGAUGUUGGAUGACAGCAGAAAGUAA